AUGACCAAUCAGAAUCAGCCUGCCGUCACUUCCUCCACCACAAAACCAUGCUGUCCUCGUUCAAUAUUCUGGACUAAUCUGGUGCUGCUUGGAUUCGAUCCCCCUAAACAUGCGGUUGGUACCUAUUCAGCCAUAGCAUUCGACCAGGAUGUCUUCACGGGAGUCAAUAAUGUAAAAGCCAUGGAACCCAUCGUAUGGUUUUUAUUCAACAAAUUGGAUCCGAAUAAAGCGAAAAAGAGAUUUUCUUCGUGUUGGCCGGUUACAAAUCUCGGUCAGAGCAAAGAAUUUCGUAACGUAGCAUUCAAAUGGCUGGAGCAACUCAGGAAAGAUGGUUGUCUUGGUAACAACGACCUUGUCAUGCGACGAAGCUUUUUUGACGAAUGUCAGGGUGAAAGGUUUGAUCGUAUAAUCAUGGCUUUAUCUAAUUAUGUGGUUACUGUUGUCAUGAAGAGAGAUUAUCGACGAUAUUCAGAAAGUAUUCCACAGAUAAAUUUAGAGCUUCGAAGCGAAUCUUCUUAUAAUUUGAUAAAGUCUCAGUUGAUCUCCCAAAUAUCUGCCCAGGCACAAAAGUUUGCUCAAGAUACUCAAGAGAGGAACGCAUGCCAGGCUAGAUGGAAGUCUGCAGCGGAGGAUUUGACACGUCGGCUUCGUGAAACUAUGAAGCAAAGUAACGAUCUUCAAAGGGAUUAUUAUGCAUUUUAUCAGGAUAAGAGCGCUCUCGAAAGAAUAGAGAAUCUGUCCACAGAACAACUUGUUAAUAUGAGAAGUGAACAAAUGGAAAGCGUUCGGCGUUUCUGGACGAGUUGCUUGACGUGGAUGUCGGAGAACAAACCAUUGACUGAUAACGUCGACGAAAUCAUUCACGAUCGUGCCAAUAAGCAUCGAUUAGAUGGCAAGACCAUUCCUCUUGAUAUUCCCGAAAUUAUGAUGACCAUGUGGGAGAACCAGUUUCAAAAAGAGAGAAUUAAUCCGUAUCAAAAUGGAAAUCUGGAUUUGAUAUCCCUUCUAAAGACAUACAAACUAUAUCUACAGACACUUUCCCAGUGUUCAACACGGAACGACACGAUAAAUUCUAAUCAACCACCGCCGUCCGAAGACAAAGGAGAUGAAGGAGCAGCAGUUUCAGAUACUAUCACAUCAUUGUCAAAACAAAUUUUGCAAGAACAACGGUCCCAGAUAAAAUCACUAUCUUCAAUGAAAGCAGCAUUGCAGUUACAACUGCAAGAUGUCAAUGAAUCGAUUGGCAAGGUUAGAAAGGAAUGCAG